UGAGCAAAGUUAAUUCACCCUCACACAUACUCUCUCUCUCCUCCUCCUUCUCCUCCUUUCCCGCUUCAGCAUAUGGUGAGGACGGUGUCACCGCACCAAACAAGUCGCGCAGCCCAGCGCCGGGACGUCCGCGGGGAGCCGGGGGGUGCGGGGGAGGCAGGAGGCCCGGGGGAUGCCGCCGCCCUGAGCUGCGACAGCGCCGUCGGAGGCCGAGGGACGGGGCGGCCCCGCCGACUUGCAAUCCAGCCAUCAUCUGAAGAUCGUCCUCAAAUUCAUGUAUUACCUAGAGAUGAGGAUGGAAACACAGCCUAGGAAAUCAGCCUUUCCUCAUCUGUGUAUGAAGAACUGAAGUGUCUGUGUUUUGUUGUUUUCUUUUUUGAAUACAGUUCAGGGGAAGCUGUCAACAUGAAUGCUGCUGACAACGGGGUCAGUAGUCUCUGUGCAAUAUGUGGAGACCGAGCAACCGGAAAACAUUAUGGUGCUUCCAGCUGUGAUGGAUGCAAGGGAUUUUUUAGACGUAGCAUAAGGAAAAACCACGUCUAUUCAUGCAGAUUCAACCGACAAUGUAUUGUUGACAAGGACAAAAGGAAUCAAUGCAGAUAUUGUCGUUUAAAAAAGUGUUUUCGAGCAGGAAUGAAAAAGGAAGCUGUACAAAAUGAACGGGACAGGAUAAGUACAAGAAGAAACACUUUUGAUGGCUGCAACAGUCCCUCUAUCAGCACAUUGUCACAAGCUGAGACACUUUCUCGUCAGAUCUCAAUCUCCAGUCCYGGUGCUAGCACUGAUAUAAAUGUUAAGAAAAUUGCUGGUGUUAGUGAUGUCUGUGAAUCUAUGAAGCAACAACUUUUGGUCCUGGUGGAAUGGGCUAAAUAUAUUCCAGGCUUCUGUGAAUUACCACUGGAUGACCAGGUUGCCCUGCUAAGAGCUCAUGCUGGGGAGCAUCUGUUGCUUGGAGCAGCAAAACGGUCCAUGGCAUAUAAGGACAUUUUACUUUUAGGCAACAAUUACAUAAUUCAUCGCAACAGCAAUGAAGUGGAGAUCUGCCGAGUGGCGAAUCGGAUUCUGGAUGAAUUAGUUCGUCCCUUCCAGGAAAUUCAAAUAGAUGACAAUGAAUAUGCUUGCUUGAAAGCAAUUGUGUUUUUUGAUCCAGAUGCAAAAGGCUUGAGUAAUCCAUUGAAGAUUAAGAAUAUGCGAUUCCAAGUCCAAAUAAGUUUAGAGGAUUAUAUUAAUGACCGUCAGUACGACUCCAGAGGAAGAUUUGGAGAACUUCUUCUUUUACUGCCUACACUCCAAAGCAUUACUUGGCAAAUGAUUGAGCAGAUACAAUUGGUUAAACUAUUUGGAAUUGUUAAAAUUGACAGUUUGCUUCAGGAAAUGUUAUUGGGAGGUACUUCUAAUGAUGCCAAUCAUCUGCAUCAUCCGAUGCAUCCUCACUUAGCCCAAGAUCCAUUAACUGGCCAAACUGUCCUCAUAAGUUCAAUGUCUGCUCCUGUACAUACGGAACAGAUCCCAACUCCAGAAACUCCAUUACCUUCCCCUCCACAAGGCUCUGGGCAAGAAUACAAAAUGUCUGCAAAUCAGGCUUCAGUCAUUGCACAGCAAUCUAUUUUGAAACAAAAACCAUUGUGAUAAUAUUUCUGUCUCUGUCUUUUUCUUCCUUCCCUUCCUUCCCUUCCCUUCCCUUCCCUUCCCUUCCCUUCCUUCCCUUCCUUUUCAUGCACUAGAUAGACUGGUAGAACACUUGCACAUUAAAAAUCUCAGGUUGAUAAAGGAAAUUAUUUCCUCAGCAGCCACUACUGUGGGUGUUCCUUAAAACACCUCAUGAUUUGGAAAGUAAUACYGUUCUGACUGCUGUAUACAACUGUUAACUAUGGAUGCUGCAGUCUGACACAUAUGUAUAGAGGUUGAUAUUAUUUUUAGAUCUUAUAACUGCACAGAUUCAUGUUUUUAUUUCCUGUUUUAGUUGUUGUCUUAAUAUUAUUGUUUUCCAUGUGUAUAUAAUUUUUUCAUUGUAGUGGAACUGGUUAGUGCUUGUUUAGCUGUGAAUUGUAGACAUGAAAUAGUGGGUUAACCAGGCAAAAGCCAAGAUUCCACUAAUAGUAGGCUACUGAAAAAGCACAUGAAUUGAAAAAAAUAAAAGGAAAACCUACUUAAUGGACAGAAGAACCCAACUAUUUUAAAAAAUCCUGAUUUGAAAGGACCAUCUCUUUCAAGAUUUUAAAUUUCAACAAAAACAUUGAAUCCUCCCUGCUGAACUGUGUGAAGCAGAAGGCCUCUCUGUGUCAAUAUGCUUGAGGACUUUUUAAAAUCUAUGUAUUCAAUAAUGUCUGUAUUAGUCAAUUGACCAGUGCUGAAGCAGUUAGAACAAUGACUGGCAGGCUUUUGGUCAGGACUAACUGGUACUUUCCCAAAAAAUUUCUGGGCAUAAUUUGGGAAUUAGACCAAUCUAGGAAUACUUUUGACCAGGUUCUUUGAAUACAGUCCUUCUCUUUGGGAGCAAAGAGAAGGACCCACAAAGAUUGCCAAGUUCCACUCCUGGCCUUGCACAGCACCAUCCCCUAGAGUCACACCAUGUACCUGACAGCAUUGUCCAAACACAUCUUGAGCUCUGUCAGGCUUAGUGCUGUGACCACUUCCCUGGGGAGCUGUUCCAGUGCCCAAACACCCUCAGGGCAAAGAACCUUUUCUGAUGUCCAACCUAAACCUCUGACACAGCUUCAGGCCAUUCCCUUGGGUCCUUUCACUGGUCACCUCAGAGAAGAGAUCAGUGUCUGCCCCUCCUCUUGCCUUCACAAGGAAGUUGUUGACUGCAAUGAGGUCUAAUUAGGACCAUGCCCUUUGAGUAUAGGGCAUGGAGUAUAGAUUUUGUGAUGUUCAGUUUACUAGGGUAAGAGUAGACAAUGUGGGUUUUUUUGUCUAACUGGCUAGUGAAUGCAUGUUUCCGCAGUCACUAAAAUUCACCUACAGAGAAAUGAUAGUUAAUGGAAUAGCUCUGUGUUGGGAGAGGUAUGGCAUACUAAUUGCAGUGACAAAUGUAUCUGACUUCAGCUCCAGGUGCUCCUGGUUUGAGCCAUGGUAUUUCAAGACAGAAGACAGCACACCAAAUCCUCAUCCUCUCAAUUUUUAACAGUUUUCAGAAGUGUGGGAUGAAUAGGUUUUCUGUGACAAGCACCUUUCUCUGCCUCUUCCACUCUGAGGGGAUCCAACACUAAGUUUUGUGUCUGUAGUCCAUAACAACACAUCUGGAUUUGGACCUUCUGUGAAUUUACACAAAGUGGAUCUUGUGACACAUGCUUACUUGGGGCAUUUCUACUACUCAGUUACAAUUUGCGAAAGUAAUCUUUUAUGAUAUAUGAAGUGAUAUGUUGUUCACACAAUACUAACAUCAUAAGAAAAUCAUCACUUUGCACAUUUUAUUUAUUCCAGACAGCAAUGAUUUUUCUUUAGUACUUUAAAGUACGCUUUUUUUUCUGGAAGAGAUGUAAGAGAGAAACAGACAAAACAAAGAGUUMGUAAAAUAUUGCAGUUUGCUGAACUAUUGCAAAGAGGAAACAGUGGAGUCACAAAUUCUUCAAGGUGAUCAUCCUGAACCAAGCACCUUCAUUAAUCACAACAUCCAGGGAUGCAGUUACUCUUUUGGCUUGUAAAAUUUGCUCAAGCAAUCUGGAAUGAUUCUUCAAAUACAUUUUUGUAGGCUGGAAAUACAACACARUAAAUGCUGAGUUGACCUGAACAUUCAAAAGCCUUUAAUGAGAAUCACCUACCACCAGAUAGACAAUGUUUCUUAGUUAUUUUGGAGUAGUUGUUUUUGUAAASUGUGUUCUUAAUGUUUGCCUUUUGCUCUUUAGAUUAUUUUUCUUUUUGCUAUUUUCUGUUUGUUUUUUAUCAAUGCAUUGCUCUUUUUACAAGUUCCUUUUGGUAUGAGUUUUUAUGAUUGAAUAAGGUACUGAAGUUUUGCCAUUAACUUUAAGGGUAUCUGGACUGUGCUAUUUUUACAAGUUGGCCACCAAUGCUUUACGAUGAAACAUAAAGAUAAAGUAAGCAUGAGAGAUAAUGAGCAGCCCAAAAGUUUACUGAUUGGGCUCACUUUGUGUACUUAUCAUAGAAAGRGUGCUGGACUCAGGGUAGAUUUGCAUGAAUUUACUGGGUCAGAUAAAUGAAGUCAGUUGCAUAAACAUGGCAGUAUUGGUCUGACUAAACCUAUAACCAGAAAUAAGCAUUAGUCUCCAAUAUGGCCACCCUUGCCUUAUAUAAGAGAUGUGCAUAAUAGCUUUAUUAGUUUAUUUUUCACAGUGAACUUUAGAUAUCAAGUGUACAAUGGAAUGUUUUCAUACACUGCCAAAAUGUACUGGAGGAAAAAUAUACUUUGGUAUUUUAUCUGACAAGAAGCUGUUGUCUAUUUUGUAUGAUAUAUUGCAUUUUUGAAUAAGAACACCACUGUAAUUUAUUGGGAAAAGCUGAUUUAUUUUAUAAAUGUAACAUUAUUUUUGUAAACUUAAUUAUGAAAAAUCAGAAAUGAUUAGUGAUGUCAAGUAUUAAAUUAUAAUGAGAUGUAACUUUAUAUGUUUGAACUCUGAUACCAAGUUUUUGUAUUGAGCAUUUGGAAUUGAAAUGGUUGCUGGAAAUAUUUCAAAUAGACUGUUUUUCAUCAAAGCUCAAUAAAGAAAAAUGAAUG